CACAACGCCUAACAGCCCACAAAGUAACUCUCCUUAACCUUCGCACUCUACUUCAUCAUCACCUAGCCCAUUCUCAACCACAAUGUCCACAUCCUCCAACACCCCCAACCCCCCCAAUACAGCCGCCUGGCUCCUCGAACCCAAAGCCCACCCCUUUCAACUACAAAACGCGCCCCUCUGGCAACCCGCCGAGAACGAGAUCCUGGUCCGAAACCACUCCGUGGCCAUCAACCCCGUCGACGGCAGCCUCCAAGCCAAGGCAUGGUGGCCCAUGGAUUACCCGACCAUCCUGGGCCAGGACGUAGCCGGGGAAGUCAUCCAGGUCGGGCCCAAAGUGACACGGUUCCGGCCGGGCGAUCGCGUGGCCGGGCUGGCCGUGGGCAUGGCCACCAAGCGCGACCAGGACCACGCCUUCCAGGCCUACACCAUCCUGCAGACCAACAUGGCCAGUGAGCUGCCCGACACCCUUUCCUACAAGGCCGCCGCCGUCAUCCCCCUGGGCCUGUCCACUGCCGCGUGCGGCCUGUUCCAGGACACUCAUCUCGCGCUGCGGUAUCCCUCGGCGCCGCACCGGUCUUCCACAAAGAAAACGCUGCUGGUCUGGGGCGGCGCCGGCAGCGUGGGCAGCAACGCCAUCCAGCUGGCCGUCGCCGCCGGGUACGAGGUUGUCACAACGGCCUCGCCCCGGAAUUUCGACCACGCCACGCGGCUCGGCGCCUGCCGGGUCUUCGACUACCGCAGCCCCACCGUCGUCGAUGAUCUCGUGGCGUGGCUGGAGGGGAAGACCCUGGUCGGCGCCAUGGACUGUAUUGGGUUCGCCGCCACGCCGAUGACCGUGGAGGUAGUCCGCCGGUCGCAGGGUGCGAAGUUCGUGGCCACGGUCAAGGGCGGGUUCGAGGCCCCCGACGGCGUGACCGUCAAGAGCGUCUUUGGGACCACGCUGAAGGACAAUGCGGUGGGUAAGGCGAUCUACGAGGACUUCCUCCCCCGCGCGCUGAAGGCAGGAUCCUUCAUCCCCGCCCCGGAACCCCUAGUCGCAGGCCAUGGUCUACACAGCAUCCAGGCAGCGGUCGAUCGACAGGCUCAGGGCACCUCCGCGCAAAAGAUUGUCGUCGUGCUGUGAGCGAGCUACCGGCCGGGUUUGUGUAACGCUGAUUGUCGCGUGGUUUCAUCUGGUUCCCGAACUGUCUCGUAUCCUAUUGGCCUUGUCAUUUGUCGCGAUAUGCUCCGCCCUGCCAGUUGGACUCAUGUACCCCGGGACUGGCCACAGUAUUCGUGUUGUUGGGAUUCCGUUGAAGGAAAGUUUAUGACACCAUAGCCCCAUCAAUAGGAGCAAGCAAUAAAAGCCGU